UCUGCACUAGUGCCUAACGACAGCUGCUGUACCGAGUGCUUACCCACACCACUACUACUACUAGUACCAAUACUACUAUUGUUACUACUACUACUACUACUGCUGCUGCUGCUGCUACUGCUACACUACUGCAAAGCCGUUAG